ACUACAAAACAUGGCGGAUAUGCGCGACCGACGGUGAGAGGUUUGAGUGACUAAUAAUCAGUUUAACCUGAUAGAAAAUAUUUAUUUAAUGUUAUCCGUGUUAUAUUCCAUCUGCAAUAUCAUUGUGGACUUUUAUAAAGAUCCGAUUGUCCAUUAACUUUUAAAUGCAUCAUUAUGCAUAUGAGGAGAGUUCUCCACAUGAAAGACCCGCGACUGCAGAUCAACGUGCAACUGCAUUUCUCUCCGGUACGGUAGGAAAUUAACUAAAUGAAAUGUGGUGGAGGAUGUAAGAUGAUUGACAGGCCAGUUUACAGUGACAGGAUGCGACAGAGAGCAAAGACGCAAUUAUAUGACGUGAUAGUAUGUCCCAAAGCUUGUCUACUCUUUUGCUACACACUCAAAAGUACUUUUUGUUCACAAAAAGAGUACAUACUUUUAGGGCGUAGUAGAAGUAGGCGAAUUGGGACGCAGCACAAGUGUACACACAGGCCUAAUCAGCAACAACAACAACAACAAAAAAUCUGUAUAUGUUCAAAAUGUUUUUGAAUUUAGUACAGUACUGAACUCGAGAAUUAAAACAAACUUUCCAAACGAAGUAAAGACAGGCAGAUGAAAUCAAAAUGUUGGAAAGGUGAAUUUGGUGAACAUUAGAGAGACAUUAAGCAGUUUCACAGAAAAUAAACAAUAAAAAUAAUUAAUUAAUUAAUUGAUUAAAAGGAAACGAGAAUAAAGAAAUAGUGGCUUGCAACUCCAGAAUAAGGAAAAAAAUGGCAACAGCUGCAAAAAUUCGGUGACCCUGCUGUUUCUCCGCAGAACUUCAAAAGAGUCAGCCGCGCUCACGAUAAUGUGCACGAGCGCCCUCUAGUCACAGAUUUACUACAUCACGAAUAUCAUCCUUUAGCUCUACAAUGAAUUAUUCUUCUUCAUGAGCCAUCAGGAGUGUGGACUACAUCGGGGAGGAUGUAUGCGUUUAACUCAAAGGAUAAUAUCAGGUUUAUAUUAUUAGUAACUGUCAUUGAUUGCAUUAGUGUGUUACAUUUGUCUUCCUGGUGGAAGGUUUACUGAUCAGAUCAGAUUAAGUCUUAGACAAAUGUCGACUCAGCGGAAUACAACGGGUUUGCGUCUCUCCUCGAACAACAAUGCAUCUGACAACAGAACAUAACAGUAAACUAGACACAAACUUUCUUCUGCAACGACAAAAUAUAAUUUGCUGACGUCACCAGCUAGCACUUUUUACAUUUUGGAUCCUGUAGAAAUGCAUUUACUCGGGCAUCCAGGCAUUCGAGGCUUGGUCCUGAUAUGAGUUUGAGUAAUGGGAAGUUGCUUUGGAGUGAUACGUCAAAGGUCUCACCUGUCCUCCAGGAAUGCAUCCAGAUACAGCACCAAACGAGGAGGACGCAAUGAGCCCCUGAAGAAAGAUAAGCCCAAGUGGAAAAGUGACUAUCCUAUGACGGAGGGCCAGCUGCGCAGUAAAAGAGAUGAAUUCUGGGACACGGCCCCAGCUUUUGACGGCCGUAAAGAGAUCUGGGACGCGCUAAAAGCUGCAGCUGUAGCGAUUGAAUGUAACGACCAUGAACUAGCGCAGGCUAUUGUAGAUGGAGCUAGCAUCACACUGCCUCAUGGAUCCCUUAUGGAGUGCUAUGAUGAACUGGGCAACCGCUAUCAGCUCCCUGCAUACUGCUUGGCUCCUCCAGUCAACCUGGUCUCUGAGUGCAACGAUCAUAAUGUGUCUGAAUCCACUGAGCCACAGGAGAAGAAAGAGAAGGAGUUCCAGCUGAAGGUGCGUCUCUCCACCGGAAAAGACCUUCGUCUUAGUGCCACUAUGGCCGAUUCCAUCCGUCAGCUGAAGAAACAGCUUCAAGUUCAGGAAGAUAUUGAUACCAUCAAUCAGCGCUGGUUUUUCUCUGGAAAGCUCCUCACGGAUAAAACACGUUUACAGGACACCAAGAUCCAGAAGGACUUUGUAAUACAGGUCAUUGUUAAUCAGCCCAUUGUUCCCAACUAGUAAACACACAAAACUGUGAACCAGGACUCAAUAAACUCACACCUGCUUUUAUGUUUUCAUUAUAGCCCACUGAUCAGGUCGGAUUUCUUUUCCAAAUGUGAAGAACAAACAUUUCUUAUAGAAACAUCUUAAUUGUAGCAUACUAAAAUGUGUUAUACUAAAUUUACAUAUAUUGCCUUCUUGGUUUUAAUAUCCAUAUGUUGUGUGGAUAAUCAUUUCCAUAUUCUAUAUGGUAUCUUUUGCCUUGAUCCUUGGUACAGUCUGCUGUCCACUGCUUAGCAGACAUAGACUAUUUUCAAGAGGGUGAAUUUUCAGAGUGCAAGGAUUUUUCAGUCUUAUUAAGACACUAUUAAAAUGGUUAUUGCAUCAUGAUGCCAUUUUGAUUUGACUUUUCGGAGACUUAUGAAUCUGUCUGUUAUCAAAAAAAAAAAAAAAAAAAACCCUCAAACUUUGGUACUCUGUCUGAUUUUAAUUGCCAGUCAUAAUUUUUGUUCAUAUUCCGAAGCAAUAUGUAUACAUUUGUUUGUAGCCAUGCUUUUAAAGAGGUUUGUAAUUUAUUUUAGCACAGACAGGUUCAUUUUAUUAUUUCUAAUGUAAAUGAAUUUUUUAAUGAUUAAAAAUUACAAGGUUUGUUUAUUGACUUUAAAAACUCUAAAUUGUACAAUUAUUUCAUAUUGUAAUAUAUUGUUUCAUUAAGAAACAGAAUUGUAACUAAUUGUGUAUCUGGUGAAAAAACAAUCUCACUGUCAGUAUUUCACAAGUUUUUACUAAAUUUGACUGAUUUUUAUACUGUGGCAAAACAAAUUUUUGAGUUUUUUUUUUUUAAAUGAAUUUUCUAUUGAAAAAAUGUUGGUUGGCUUCAUUUACAAAUUGGCUUUUGUGGCAUGAUGUCAGUCAUCACAGAGAGGAUUUAUUGUCAGAUUUUUUUUCUCGUCUAUGAAUGGAAUUAAAUAGCAAUUUCAAAACACGUCAGUCUGUGUAUCAGUGUAAAUACGAGUGCAUGGUUUAUUUUUAAUACGAUGUAUUGAUAAACAACUUAUAAAUAUAUAUUUCUCACUGACAAAUAACUC